AAAAAUCACUAGUUUUUGAGCAUUUUUUGGGGUUAUGUUGUGUUGUAGUCGGUGUUUGUGUUAGGAAAAAUUUCAAUCGUUCUUGAAAAUUAAGUUUAAAUCUAAUUUACAUUUACGAACAUGCCCUACGCGAACCAGCCCUCAGUUCAUAUCACCGAUUUGACUGAUGAUAAUGUAAAAUUCUACAUAGAAGACACCGAUCUCAGCGUCGCAAACAGCAUUCGACGCGUCCUAAUCGCCGAAACCCCAACUUUGGCCAUCGAUUGGGUCAAACUGGAGGCAAAUUCGACCGUCCUAAGCGACGAAUUUCUUGCCCACAGAAUAGGCCUAAUCCCGCUUAUAUCCGACGAUGUUGUGCAACGUCUUCAAUAUCCGAGAGACUGCAUUUGUACCGACUUUUGCCAUGAAUGCAGUGUUGAAUUCACCCUUGAUGUUAAAUGCACUGACGACCAUACUCGUCACGUCACCACAGCCGAUUUAAAGUCGAGCGACCCUCGAGUCAUUCCAGCUACUUCCAAACACAGGGAUGACGAAUCAUCAGAAUAUGGCGACACUGAUGAAAUUCUGAUUAUCAAGUUGCGGAAAGGACAAGAAUUGAAAGUUAAAGCUUAUGCCAAGAAAGGGUUCGGUAAAGAACACGCCAAGUGGAACCCCACUGCGGGGGUGGCGUUUGAAUACGAUCCUGACAAUGCUAUGAGACACACGCUUUUUCCUAAGCCAGACGAAUGGCCCAAAAGCGAAUACAGCGAAUUGGAUGAUGAUCAAUAUGAAGCUGACUUUAACUGGGAAUUGAAACCAAACAAGUUUUAUUACAAUGUGGAAGCUGCAGGGGCCCUAAAACCCGAAAAUAUCGUCAUAAUGGGAGUGGCAAUGUUGAAGGAUAAGUUGUCGAAUUUGCAAACCCAGCUUAACCACGAAGUACAGAAUGAUGCCCUUGCUAUUUAAUUAGAUAAGUUGAAUAAAAUUAUUAAUUUUAAAA